AGAAAGGCUCAGUCUACGGAGAGAACUCGAAUCGUGAACACCGACCGAACCCACUCGCGAAACGGCGUGUGUCUUCUUCGCGAACGGACCAUUUCUGAAAGAAGUCUUCUUUUUUUUGUGUGUGAUAUCUUUCCCUGCCUGUGCAGUGCCGUUUGUGACAAGUGAGACAGGGUGCGUUUCCUGUGAUGGAUUUGUUGUGAUCGUCGUAAACAGUGCGAAGGAAGUGAUAAAUUGAUGUUCGCGAAUUGAACUUGUGAUUGGUGGUGUUUUAUUUGGUGAUUACAAUUGAAAGGCAAAGAGGAAAAUCCAUACUCGAAGUGAAAUCAACCGACGUCAGGACGCCAAGUGUUGUUUCUGUUGAACGACGGGAGCAGAACCGUUGUUUUCUCGUUGCCUCGUUGAUUGGGGGGAAAUCGGAGAAGUGAAAUAACGACAACAAAAGGAGGUUCAUAUCACGACCCCACGACGAGAAGUGUCAAAGCCUGGGUCUUCUGCUGCUGUGACGCCGAUGAGUGAGGUGAGAGUUUAAGAAGUCAUGUGAAAGCGCAGCGUAGUUGUUGCGGUGAUGCUUUUGAAGUGUGUUCAAGUCAGCGAAGAAAGGUGGUGUCCUGUUUCGUGUUGUUUACGAAAAGAUUAAAAUCGGUUUUACAAGGGGCGAGAAAAGAAAAGAAGCACUAAUAGAAGCGAAGGUGUUUCGUCUGGAAUGUGGAAAAUCUGGCAAAGGGCUGUAAAAGUGCAGUGAGUCUAUGACGACAGAAAUGUUUUGAUUUUGAUUGUUUUUGAUCUUCUCUCUGAGUCGGACGAGAAGAGUUCUAACAACAACAACAAUCGUUGGUGGUUGGGGAGACGAUUUGCAAUCAGCUGGGAGACGGAAUUGCUGUUGAUUGAUUGAUUUGUUCUCGUUAAAGCGCAAGGAGGUGAUUGUUAGACGCCCGUCUAAUUCACCCUGGACCACCAUCAACCUGGCGGACGGCACGGACGACGGUUAGGGAGGGAGCACUGGCAGCACUGCCACUGCCUGCGCCAUGGAUCACGCGGUACACGCCGCCCGCGGAAGACCAUGGAACAAACUGCGCUUCGAGAACAACGAGCUGGAAUGUCUCUACCAGCGGUACACGCUCAAACUGCAGCGCUUCUCCGUGACCGGGGUCGUUGCCCUGGUCGUGGUCCUGUGCGGCAUCAUGGCCGGACUCAGUCUCGGCUACAACCAGGCGCCGACGUUACAUAACGUCUUCAACUCGUUCAUGUGUCUGAUGUUCGCCGUGAUCCUUGCGCUGCUUCAGUUUCGCUUCAUCCGGGACUCGCACCUGCCGUACCUAUGCUACGGGAUCUUGUUCUUUACGGCGGCGUUUUGCUUCAUAUCGAUGCCCACCGUUGGGAUAGUGUUUCCCGUCGACACUCGCGAAGUCAUGGCUGAAGGCGUGUGGCAGAUAGUGUUUGUGGUGUUCCUGGCGUACGCCAUGAUGCCGCUGCAGAUCUGGGAAGCGGUCCUGUUUGGGAUUAUUCUGCCGUCGAUUCACAUCGGGCUGACCGGGUACAACAUCUACACUGAGAAUUUCCAGUAUUUGGCGUAUCAACAGCUCGCAGCCAACAUCGUCAUCUUCGUGGGCGUCAACGUGGCCGGGCUGGUCGUGAACGUCAUGAUGGAACGGGCCCAGCGGCGAGCCUUUCUGGACACCCGAAACUGCAUCGCCGCCCGGCUGGAGAUGGAGGACGAAAACGAAAAGCUGGAGCGGUUGCUCCUGUCGGUGCUGCCGCAGCACGUGGCCAUGGAAAUGAAAAACGACAUCCUGUCGCCGGUGGAGGGCCAGUUCCACAAGAUCUACAUCCAGAAGCACGAGAACGUGAGCAUACUGUUUGCGGAUAUCGUUGGGUUUACGGUGCUGGCGUCGCAAUGUAGCGCUCAGGAAUUGGUGCGGUUGUUGAACGAGUUGUUCGGGAGGUUUGAUCAGCUGGCGCAUGACAACCACUGCUUGCGGAUAAAGAUCCUGGGGGAUUGCUACUACUGCGUGUCGGGUAUCCCGGAUCCGAGGGCGGAUCAUGCGCGAUGUGCUGUGGAAAUGGGGCUGGACAUGAUCGACGCGAUCGCGUCGGUGGUGGAGCAGACGGAUGUGAUACUCAACAUGAGAGUGGGAAUCCACUCGGGGAGAGUGCUGUGUGGGGUUCUGGGUCUACGCAAGUGGCAGUUUGACGUGUGGUCGAAUGACGUGACGUUGGCGAACCACAUGGAAAGUGGAGGGGAGGCCGGACGGGUCCACGUGACCCGGGCGACGCUGGAUGCCCUCGGAGGGGAGUACGAAGUUGAGGCAGGUCACGGCGAUACGAGGGAUUCGUAUUUACGCGAUCACCAGAUCGAUACGUACUUCAUUGUGCCGCCGGCUCACCGCAGAAAGCCCCUGAUGUUGAACACGCUUGGGGUCCGUUCGGCGCUGGGGGCCGCCAACCGAAGGAAGCUCUCGUUCCGGAACGUGUCCAACGUGGUGGUCCAGCUGCUACACACCAUCAAGUACUCGGUGCCGGUGCCGUUCUCGCACAUGGCCACCGGUGGGUCACCCUAUCCCGGCGGUGGAGGGGGCAGCGGUGGCCCCGCCGGUGGCGGAAUGUUCCUCGAUAAGAACGCGCGAAAGAACAAGGUCACGGACAAGUUCAAGCGGCCGUUCAAGAAGCGCCACUCCAGCGUGUACCACCAGCCAUCGAACCGGGUCAACAAGUUCCUGUCGCAGGCCAUCGAAGCCCGCAGCGUCGACCGGGAGAAGUCCGUUCACGUCAAACGGAUCUCGUUGCAGUUCCGCGAGAAGGACAAGGAACGUCAGUACCACCAGGAUUUUGAUCUGGGCUUUACCACGGCCAUGGGUUGCAGCUUGCUGCUGUUGAUACUCAGCGCUGGAUUGCAGAUUUCAGCGUUACCACGUACCUUGAUACUGUUGCUGCUGUUUUUGACGGCGUUCAUUUGGAUCAGCUCGAUCCUGAUGCUGCUGUUGGCCGUAAGACUGAAGUGGAUCUUCUGGGAUCUGUCGCAGAGUUUCUCGCUCCGUUUGGCGAUUACCGUGUUUACGAUCGUGCUGCUCUACUCGGUCGGGCAGGUCAAUGUGUUUACCUGCCUGUCGGACCAUCCCUGCACUACUAACUUUACGACGAAAGCCGUGGAUCCGUUCCAACACGUGGAUCCGGCGGCAGCUUCGGCGUCGUCCUCGAUGUCGGUAUCGCACGAGACGUACGUACCCUUUUCGGAGGAUUCCGUGCAGUCACCUCCCGGAGUCAACUACGCUCACCGGAAGUGCGCCCUACCGCAGUACAUUUCCCUGUCGGCGGCUUUCUCCUUUUUGACUGUGUCGAUUUUCCUGAGGCUUCCGAUAAUGGUGAAAACGUUCCUAGUGAUGCUGAUGGGCAUUAUGUACUGCUUGUUCAUCGAACUGUCGCACACGAAUAUCUUUGACUGUUACGAUCAACGGGUCGAGUCGGCCAUUCCGUUGCACACGAUCUCACUGGCGAGGAUCAUCAUCUUUAUGAUUGCGAUCUUGGCCCACGGGCGGCAGGUUGAGUGGACCGCUCGGUUGGACUUUCUGUGGCAGCUGCAGGCUUCGCAGGAGAAGAAGGAGAUGUCGGUGCUGCAGCAGUCCAAUCGGCGGAUCUUGUACAAUCUGCUGCCGUCGCACGUGGCCUCGCACUUCCUGGACAACCACUUCAGCCGGAACAACAUGGGAACUCUUGGUGGCAAUCAGGACCUGUACCAUCAAAGCUACUGCAAGGUGGGCGUGAUCUUCGCCAGUGUGCCAAACUUUCACGAGUUCUAUACGGAACUGGAUGGGUCCAACCAGGGCGUGGAGUGUCUGCGGCUGUUGAACGAGAUUAUCGCAGACUUUGACGAGCUGCUUUGUGAGGAACGGUUUCAGGCGAUCGAUAAGAUCAAGACGGUGGGCAGCACAUACAUGGCUGCUGUGGGAUUGAUCCCGGAGUUCAAGAUGCUCCCGAACGACCAGGGUUCGACGCGGAAGUUAAUGACGGCGUUGAUCGACUUCGUGAAGGCUAUGCGGGUCACGCUGAAGAACAUCAAUGAGAACUCGUAUAACAACUUCAUGCUGAGAGUUGGCGUGAACGUUGGACCAGUGGUAGCCGGAGUGAUUGGGGCGAGAAAGCCACAGUACGAUAUCUGGGGAAAUACGGUUAAUGUGGCCAGUAGAAUGGAUUCGACGGGUAUUCCUGGAUAUACGCAGGUGACGCAGGAGGUGAUCGACAGCCUUCAGGGUAGUCACUUCGAAUUCCGAUGUCGGGGUCAGAUUAAAGUUAAGGGUAAGGGUGACAUGGUGACGUAUUUCCUGUGCGAACAGAACGAAAAUAUGUUGAAUGGUGCUGGCGCCAUGGGAGGCGCAGGAACGCGAGAGCGUCAGACGCCGGUUCCAAACAUUAUCUCGAACUACCAGACGGACAGUUUCCAUCACAUGAAUAUUGCUCAGCCUCAGGGUUGCUUCCAAGCGCAGGCUCCAGUCAUUCAACCGCAGAGUUAUUACAUGAAACGGACAGACAUGGACAGUGGGAGUAUGAAAAAUACCAAAUGGCAAUUAGGGAAUGAUAGUUUCUCGAAGAAAGAGAGUUACAACUUCCUGGAGAGCCCAAACUUACUGCAUCAACAAACUGCGGUUGGGCAGCAUCAUUUUCAACAACAGCAACAGCAAGCUCAGCAGCACCAACUACAGCAGCAAGCUCAUAUGAAGAUUGCUUACAAACACAACAACAUCAACAAUAAUCACAUUAGUGCUGGUUACCAUGGCAACCACCACAGUCAACCAACCAACCAGAUAAGUAACAACAACAACAAUAACUACAACAAACGAAAUGACUAUCUCCAUGGCAACGGCUCGGUAGUUGGGCAGCACCAACCAAGCUACAACAUCCGAGAAAACUUUAACAUCAUCGAAAAUCCUAACGUAAAAGAAACAGACGAGAACAAUUUCAAUAAACUUAACCACAGUGGACACAAAGUCCGGAACAACAAAAACCAUCACCACCAUCAUCAUCAUCGACACGAUCCCGGUGCUGUAAACGUCAGCCACAAUCCCAGCAAUCGGUACGUUACUGCUUCAGAGAACGAACCCCUGCUGGGCACGGGAAUGAUAGGCAAUGCCAUUAUCAAACCCAUCCAGCAAAUCCAACAAAUUCCUAAAUACGAACCUCCCCGUUACGCCACCGGAAGUUCUGCCUUCCCCCUUCAACAACCGAUGAACAACAAUACCAGUUAUAAUUUCCCCGCAGUCCCCAGCUAUCAUCAGCAGCAGGCACCACCCCCGCAUCUGGUCCGACAGCACCAGCUGUACCAGCAGCAACAGCACCAGCAGCAACAACUCCUCAAACAGUACAUCAAACCCUUGCCCAAACUUCCUCAUGAAUACGACGAAUCGCGAGAAAUGUCCUCCACAGAUGAUCUCAGCUCUCGACCGCACUCCCCCUCGGUUUCGUCUUCCGAUGAAAGCUACUCCAAAACCACCGAAGGCGAAGAGCUGGACGGUCACUCGCCUCUCCCAGCACGAACCUCAUACCCCAACAACUUCAACAACCCUCUCCAGUAUCUCUACCCGGGUGACAUACAGGUGGACCCGACCUCCCCUCCAAAGCUCAGUCCAAUAGAUUUCGCCAACAUGAAAGAUUUCGAGGUAACCACAACGGCGGAAACCAAAUCAUCGGUGAACCCGAACAAGGGCGAAUCGUGCAAUAGCUUCGAGUUCCAUGACAAACCCGCUCCCGUAACGACAGCUCAACCCCUUCAACCUCCGUCGAACUUCCCCAAAUCGCCCUUCGAACGGGAGCUGCAACGACGGCUGGCUGAAUCGCAGUCGCGUCCGAUGCUGGCUGCCGCCGCUGGCAAUGGCAACAACAACUACGACCACCAACCGGAUCUACCAUCGGCGCGGAGGGACUCCGCAGAAAAGAUCAAGAACGUCAACAACUUACUACUGGCGAAGCAUCCCGGAACGCUUGAGGCGAUCAAGGAAGCCACCCGGAACAAAAACCCCUCCGAGUCCAGUCACAUGCAAACCUCCGACACGGAAUCGUGCGAAAUCAUCCACGACUACCGAUCGACGGCGUCCGGCGCCGGUGGCGGACGGUCCGAUUCUGCGGACCGUCGGCAUCAGCACCACCAUCACCGGCAGCACCAUCACCACGGACUGGCGCAGUCCCCUCGGAUGCACCCCCGAAGCCAUCACCACAAGUACAAUGCGCCCAGUACGAAAAAGUCCUCCAACGAGACGUCGUCCAACAUCGAAGCGGACGAGGACCUGCGGCUGUCGAACGAAGCGGUUUAUCGGGGCCGGGGACGGGACUCGGACGACAUGCUCGACGACGACGAACCGGACGAAGAGGAUGUGGAAGAGGAGGAAGAGUCGGAGGACGACGACGAUGAUGACGAUGACGACGACGAAGAGGAUGAACACGAACGAGAACCUAGACGGAACGCGGUCCGAAGGGGGCUGAGUGCUGCAGGCGGGGAGCGAUCCCGCACUGGAAGCUGUGAUGCCACGAGAAACUACAUCUCGGACGAGUUGAAGUACGGUGCAGGACACUCGCGGGAACGCGAACGAGACCUCAGUCAUCACAGCCACAGCCAUCACAACAAUAGCCAUAGCUCGCACCACAACCACCAGUCGCUGGAUUCGAAUCCGGUGGAGAGCCAGUCCGAGUGGAGCGACGACGACUGUCGGGAGGAGGCGACCGGUGGCGCCGAAAGCACCGGCUACAUCACGGACGAGCCCGGUCUGGAGAACAUCUCGCUGCUGAACGAGGCCGGUCUGACGGACGCGGAGGGUGCCCUCUCGGACGUCAACUCCCUGUACAACGCACCGGACGUGGACGACACCUCGAUAUCGUCCCGGGCCAGCAGCCGCCUGUUGAGUUUGGACUCGCUGAGCGGCCUGUACGACUGUGAUCUGGACUCGAAGCACGAGAUGGCCAUCGUGAGCGCGUCGCACAAGAUUAGUAGUAAGUUUGGACCAAGCCAUGGCGGCGGAAGUGGCAGCUCGGCGACGGCCGGAGCGUCGUCGUCGGCGGCGGUUACGACGGCGAGUGUUGGAACGGAAACGGUGGGCACUAGCACCGGGUGAGGUUUGUGCAGUGCCGGUGGAACGGACCCCACUUCCAGUGGACCGACUUCCGUUGGCCAGAGCAGCGUCGGGGAGGAUGAACAGCAGGACUCGGUCGGUACCAUCAGUGCCGGCGCAGGGACUACGGCGACGAGUGGGAUGUAAAUAUAGACGUUAAGAGCGGCGUGGAAGCGGAUUGCGAUUGUGGCGUUUCAUUAGUCGCUUUUCGCUUUUGUUGAUUGUGUUAAAUAGAAGCGCUGUUCGCUAACUAAAAUGCA